AUGUAUCUUUCGGACAAUACUCGGCUAAUUAAUGGGACAUGUAAUCAAUGUCUUUGCAUUUCUCAAAUCAAUUAUUCGGCUUUAAAUUGUUUCCCAAAUUUAACUUGUCAGUUGUUUCCUAUUUUUCCACUUAACUAUGACAUUGAAGUGACAUCAAAUGCUCGUAUCUAUUUUCCAAAUCAGGUGUUUCCUAAUGCUAGCCAAUGUAUGCCCAACAUAACUUAUUUAUUAAACAAACUAAAACUCGCUAAUCUCAUUUCCAAGACAGUGUCCAAUCCUCGUGAUGCAGUCAUUGAUAAUAAUGGUUAUUUAGUAACAAUUGAAACGUAUAACAAUACUCUCAUUCGUUUUGAUCCCGUAACUCUGAAUAUAACCAAAAAAAUAUCAAUUCCGAAUGUACCAUCAAACGUUGAAAAAGAUGUCGUCACUUACUUCAACGGUUCCUACUAUAUUGUAGCACAUUCGGACCCAAUAACCGUAAUUGAUAGUAACAAUCUGACAGUAAUCUCAAAUAUUUCAACUUCUAUGAUUGGAAUACGUGAUAUAAUAUUUCUUAAUAAUGGUCAAAUGAUGGUUGGCUGUUCCUGUGACAACAACUCUCUUGUAUUUUUAAAUCGAACAAGUCUUGAACCCAUCAAAUAUAAGUUCGCUUUUCGUCAGUCAACUAGUUUUGCCUGUCCGCAUGGAAUGUGGCGUGUGAAUGAUACUUUUUUCUAUGUCACCGCCUAUACCAAUAUGUCGCUGCACUCUUUUAGUUCGAAUGGGAAUUUGGGACAUUGGAACGAAACUUUAGUUUUCAUGACAUCAUCGGGUCAGUCCGGCAGUGGAGCUGCUCGUGUGACAAUUGAUGGUAGUGGUCGGUUUUGGUUUGCUUACGAGACAGACACUGUUUUGAUAUACGAUCAAGAGGGAACACAACUCGGUAAUUUGACAAUACCAAAUUCGCAAAUUUUUGAUAUUAAAAUAAUGGAUAACUAUUUAAUGUAUUUUACUGCGGCAAAAACGAGUCAAGUUAUGCGCUUAGAUCCAAAUAUUCAGUGCUGA